AUGACGGUUCACGUCUUCGGAAACAGUCCCUCCCCAGCCAUCGCAACCUACGGAUUAUGCAAGACUGUUAAGGAAAUAGAAGAUAUGUUUGGGACAGAUAUAACUCAGUACGUAGAAUGUGAUUUUUAUGUGGAUGUUGGAUUAACAUCACAACCUACUGUAGAAAAAGCUGUGGACCUUAUGAAAAGAACACAGAAAGCAUUGAGUUAUGGGAAAUUACGUCUACACAAAAUAGCUUCAAACAACCAGGAAGUUAUGAACGCUUUUCCACCUACUGAUCUGUCAAGUGAAAUGGAAGACUUGGAUUUAUCAAAAGACAAUCUACCAACACAGCGCAGUCAAGGACUAAAUUGGGACUUGCAAUCAGAUUCCUUUUUCUUUAAAAUUUCAAAUGACGUCAAACCAUUCACAAGAAGAGGUGUGUUAUCAACAAUAAAUAGUAUAUUUGACCCCCUAGGAUUUCUCGCCCCAAUUAUCAUCCACGGCAAUUCACUUAUGAAGAAUCUACUUCAAGAAACAGUCAACUAG